CAUUGAUGGAAAUUAAACAUAGGCACCAUUGUGAAAUGCAGAUGUUCUGUUGUUCACUCUGAGUUGAGCUUUAACUUGGAUACUCAUUGAGAGUUGAUAAAACUGUCUUCGGAUAUGUUGGAUGAUACCACAAACUGCAACUGCACAACAGUGAACCGGGCCAUUCAUGCACAAGAAAAUGCAUAUCUGGAUAAUAUUGUUGCUCAGCACAUCUCUGAGUCUGGUUGAUAUGUUUGACAAUUAUGGGGAGAUUUGUAGGAAUCUUUGCACUUGCGAGGAGAGGGAAGGCAUUCUGACAGUCAGCUGUGAAAACAGGGGCAUUAUGCGGCUGUCAGAAGUAAGCCCAGUACAUUUUUCCAAAUACCAUCUUUUGCUGACCGGUAAUUUGUUGAAACGAUUAGCAGUCAAUGACUUCAUCAACUACACUGGAGUUACCAUUUUGCAUUUAGGUAAUAAUGACAUAUCAGGGGUGGAGACUGGAGCAUUUAACGGACUCCAGGGAUUAAAAAGACUACAUUUGAACAAUAACAAAAUAGAUAUGCUUAGGGACGACACAUUCACUGGACUUGAGAGUCUAGAAUAUCUUCAGAUUGACUAUAAUUUUAUUAGCACUAUCGAACCAAAUGCUCUAAACAUGCUUCAUCAACUGACUGUGCUCAUUCUCAAUGACAACUUGUUGUCUUAUUUGCCCACAAACAUUUUCCAGAAUGUGCCAUUGACACACUUGGAUCUUAGGGGCAACCGGUUGAAAAUGUUCCCUUACAUUGGACUUUUGGAUCAUAUGGACAAGGUAGUAGAAUUACAGCUUGAGGAGAAUCCAUGGAAUUGUUCCUGUGAGCUCAUUGCACUUAAGGCUUGGCUUGAGAGCAUCGCCUACACUGCAUUGGUGGGGGAGGUGGUUUGUGAGACUCCAUUCAGGCUCCAUGGCAGGGAUCUGGAUGAGGUUUCCAAGCAGGAACUGUGUCCCAGAAAGGCCAUAUCAGAGUAUGAGAUGCGUCCACUACCACCACUCAGCACUAGUGGCUAUAUCCAGACAACAACUGCAGCUGUGACAGCAUCAGUCACAUCUUCAGUCAUCCUACGCUUCUCAUUCAGGCCGACCAAGGGCACCCGUCAGUCCACCAAAACAAAAUCAAAGCCCACCUCUCGAAUUCCAGCCAACAAUGGUCCCAUCAUUGCUUUUCAGACCAAAUCUCCUGUGCCUUUGGACUGCCCCACCACUUGUACGUGCAAUCUGCAAAUCUCCGAUCUGGGGCUAAAUGUCAACUGCCAGGAAAGGAAUAUUGAGAACAUAUCAGAUCUAAAGCCCAAGCCAUACAAUCCUAAAAAGAUGUAUCUUACGGGAAACUACAUCCCUGUUGUACGAAGAUCCGAAUUCGUGGAGGCCAAGGGAUUGGAUUUACUGCACCUGGGAAACAAUCGGAUAGCACUCAUUCAUGAUCGUGCCUUUGGGGAUUUAAUUAACCUACGUAGGCUGUACUUGAAUGGUAAUUUGAUUGAUAGACUCACAGCAGACAUGUUCUUUGGGCUAAAGAGCCUGCAGUACUUGUAUUUAGAAUAUAAUAAGAUUGGAGAGAUUUUGGGUGGCACUUUUUGCUUUGUGCCCAACCUUCAGCUGCUUUUCCUCAACAAUAAUCUUUUGAAAACGUUACCAGGAGGCAUCUUCUCUAGUCUGUCGCUCUCCCGGCUCAAUCUCCGCAGCAACCAUUUUCAAAAUCUGCCUGUGAGUGGAGUUCUUGACCAGUUGAAAGCUCUAGUUCAGAUUGACCUGUUUGAGAACCCUUGGGAAUGCUCUUGUGAUGCGGAUGGCAUGAAGAUCUGGUUGGAGCAGCUUAACACUGGAACGGUAGUCAACAAUGUCAAAUGUGUGAUGCCCAAGAGGCUUGCAGGACAGGAUAUACGGUUCAUCUCUACUGAACAGUUGUGCCCUGAUUACUCUGACGUCAUUGUGUCCACUGCGGUUCCAUCAGAGGAACCUUUAGUAGAAAGUAUCACUAUUACCGAGAUGCCCCUUAGGUUCAACACCCAUUUCAGUAAUGUUCCCUUGUCUGUCUUGAUCCUUAGCCUCCUUCUUGUUUUUAUAAUGUCGGCCUUUGUGGCAGCCGGCCUGUUUGUGGUGGACAUGAAGAAGCGUAAGAAGUCUCAGAGCAAUCGUACAAGUACAAACAACUCAGAUGUUAGUUCCUUCAACCUUCAGUACAAUCUCUAUAGCAAUCGCUCCGUCCCCAAAGUAAAAGCCCCUGCAGGUCAUGUCUAUGAGUACAUCCCACAUCCGUUAGGUCAUAUGUGCAAAAACACAAUCUAUCGGUCCAGGGAAGGUAACACUGUUGAGGAUUACCCCGACCUUCAUGAGUUGAAGGUCACUUACAGGAGUAAUACUGACGAAGACCAAGAAGUCACAUUGAGUAGUCCUACUUACACGGUUAGCACUAUUGAGCCUUGCGAGCAGCAAUCCCCUGUUCAAGAUGUGGAACACUUCUUCCGAGGGAUUCUAGAACCAGAUAAAUCGCCAUCGACUGCUGGCAACAGAUUUGAAUUCAAGUACACUGGCCCUGUUCCGUAUACGUAUCAACCAAACUUCGACGUCAGACGCCAGUUCUUACAUCCCGAAGGAAUACGAGAGACUAUGCUAUACCAUACGGUGCCAAGUAAUGUCUUUGUGGAAAGCAAUAGAAAUGACUAUUUGGAACUAAAGGCAAAACUUAAAAUAGAGCCUGAUUACCUCGAAGUUUUUGAGAAACAGAUGACACAAAGCCAGUUUUAA